AGGCGAUGACGUCAUUUGCUGACUUUUAGGACAGCCAAUAGAGAUUUUCCUUACUGAGGAGUUGGCAACACUGUGGACGGUUCAUUUUUACCGGACGAUUGGCAGCAUCUUUGACGGAAGGGACGCGUUGUUCUUACAUAGACAGAACAAAAUAAAAUCAUGCUGCUUCGCAAAGUGAGCCAGUCUUCCGCCCUGUGCAGCACCAUUCUCCGGAUUCCUGCCGUGCUAAGCGGAGGUCAGCGUCAGGCCGCGGUGGUGUUUGUUGGGCAAAACGGCCGUCUCUACGCAAGCCAGGCAGCCGAGGCAGUGCUGGAGAAGCCUGCAGCAGUCCGCAGUGACGCUGCCACCAAAGCGGAAAAGAAGACAGCUGCUGCUGCUGAAUCCAAAUCAUUUGCUGUAAACAUUUUCAAAGGGCAGAUCGAAACUUCCCAGGUUUUUCCCUUCCCCCAAGCCCUCAAUGAAGAGCAGGAGCAGUUCCUUCGAGAGCUCGUGGGGCCGUGCAGCAAAUUUUUUGAGGAGGUAAAUGAUCCAGCCAAGAACGAUGCCUUGGAGAAAGUGGAGGAUCAGACCAUGGAGGGCCUGAAGGAGAUGGGUGCCUUUGGUAUGCAGGUGCCAGCUGACCUGGGUGGCAUCGGCCUCUCAAACACUCAGUACGCCCGGCUCGUUGAGAUCGUUGGGAGUAAUGAUUUGGGGGUCGGCAUCACUUUGGGUGCACACCAGUCUAUUGGUUUCAAGGGAAUUUUGCUUUUUGGGAAUAAAGCUCAGAAAGAAAAAUAUCUGCCAAAGCUCGCCUCAGGCGAGAACAUAGCUGCCUUCUGCCUGACUGAACCAGCCAGCGGUUCUGAUGCUGCCUCUAUCAAGACCGUUGCCGUCCAGUCGCCCUGCGGAAAGUAUUUCACCCUCAAUGGAAGCAAGAUCUGGAUCAGCAAUGGAGGUUUGGCUGAGAUCUUCACCGUAUUCGCCAAGACGCCCAUGAAGGACCCCAAGACCGGGGAGAUGAAGGACAAGAUCACGGCGUUCAUUGUGGAGAGGAGCUUUGGAGGAGUGACAAGUGGCCCUCCGGAGAAGAAAAUGGGCAUCAAGGCUUCCAACACGGCCGAGGUCUACUUUGAUAACGUGCGAGUGCCGGCCGAGUGCGUGCUGGGCGAACUCGGAGGCGGAUUCAAGGUGGCAAUGAACAUCCUGAACAACGGCCGCUUUGGCAUGGCAGCCGCCCUCUCAGGCACCAUGAAGAGUGUCAUCGCCAAAGCUGCGGACCAUGCAGCCAACAGAACCCAGUUUGGGAACAAGAUUCACAACUAUGGAGCCAUCCAGGAGAAGGUGGCUCGCAUGACUAUGCUGCAGUACGUCACAGAGUCCAUGGCCUACAUGAUCAGUGGGAACAUGGACAGCGGAGCAGCCGACUUCCAGAUCGAAGCUGCCAUCAGCAAGAUCUUUGCCUCUGAAGCAGCAUGGUCUGUGACAGACGAGAGCAUUCAGGUUAUGGGCGGCAUGGGUUUCAUGAAGGACGCUGGAAUGGAGAGAGUGAUGAGGGAUUUGAGAAUUUUCAGAAUCUUUGAGGGCACAAACGACAUCCUGAGGCUCUUUGUGGCUCUGAAUGGCUUCCAGAAUGCUGGAAACCAGCUGAAGAGCCUACAGAAGGCCCUGAAGAGCCCCAUCAGCAACGCCGGCGUGCUCGCAGGAGAAAUCACCAAGAGAGCCAAAAGGAAGGCAGGUUUGAGCACAGGUCUGACGCUGAAGGGGACGGUGCAUCCUGAGCUGGCACACAGCGGAGAACUGACAGUUAAAGCUAUUGAGCAGUUUGGAGGAGUUAUCGAGGAGCUGCUGAUCAAACACGGCAAGAAGAUCAUCGAUGAACAGUUUAUUCUCAAGAGAGUCGCAGACUGUGCCAUUGACAUCUACGCCAUGGUGGCUGUCCUGUCGAGGGCGUCGCGAGCUCUGAGUGAAGGCCACAUAUCAGCUCAGCAUGAGAAGUUGCUGUGUGAGACCUGGUGUACCGAGGCUCACGAAAGGGUCACACACGAGAUCAAGUCUCUCCACUCCAGCGAGUCCAGAAAGCUCUUCAGCAACAUGCGGGCCAUCUCUGCAGCGGUGGUGGAGAACGGAGGAGUGGUUGCUGCUCCCCCCCUGGGUUUCUAAACGCCCUCGCUCUUUCUGCGUUUCUUCACUCUUCUGAACAUCUCGUCACGUAUGCAAAGUCCUCCCGGACUUUUUUGCCAUUAUUCCUCUGACACACAUCAGUGCUCUUUUUUAAUUUAUGGGAUCCAUUUACAGCCUCAGUAACUGGUUUUGGUGUCUUUUUUAAUCCCCCUGUUUUUUCCCGUCAUUUAUUUAUGACAUUGUGGCUCGAGGCGUCUAAAUUUUGAGCUGCACUUUUGUUCUGUGAGCAAUAAAAAUGUCAUGCGAGUCGGAAAAGUCACAGUUCUACAUUUGUCUAAAGUGUGAAGGGGGCUUUAAAAUGCACCCUUUCCUUUGUACCCAAGCCUUCAUGAUGUAAACUCUGUGUUUAAUCUGUUAAUACAUUAAUUUAUGCUCUUUUGUUUCUUGGUAAUUAACUAUAAAUACAACAAUAUCAAUGCAACUUUAAGUCAGGGAGCCAGUGAACAGGAAACUGAUGUGUCUUUAAAGGACAGAUUUUUACACUUGGUGUUUAAAUGUAUAGAACAGUGUGAUGUUUGUUCUUAACACCUUUCUGCAUGUUCAGAUUGCUCGUUGAUCAACAGACACACAAAUAUCAGGGCUGUAAAACCUUUUUGCCUUAGAAGCCGGCCCGAACACACAAAGCUUUCCUAACAAUACUUCACUGUGUGCUCUUUACUGUUAUCAGCCACCUGGAACUGCAGUGAAUGUAACAUCGUCUGCGUACAUGUUUUAAGAUUUCUUUCAUUUAUUUUUCUGCCGUAGCGAACGUGUAACACAGUGGGAGUCUCUAUAGGCUGUAACUAUACUGCUUUUUCUGCCAAUAAAAUCCAUUUUCUCCAGA